AUGUCGGCUUCAAAGGCUGCCAAUGUCUUGGGAACAAUCGGGACAGCCAGUAGUCUUGUGUACCUCAAAUAUGGACCAACUGGCGAACAAAAAGACAGAGGGCUUACCCGGCUUGAUGAUGUUUCUAUGGGCGGCCUUUGGGCGCAGAUCCUACUGUAUGGCAGCAAGUGGCCAAAGUGGAAGGCAUCCCUCCUUGCCAUCGGAGUGGCCGCUCUCUUCGCUGGCGUCGAAGCCGCGUUGAUUUCCACGCUGAGGCCAAUAUACGAUGAAGGCAACGAGACCCCGGUGAUGGUUGUGGGAAUUGUAGCCGCCAUCCUACUUGCCGCUGGGCUGCUUCCGCCGUACGGCGAGCUGUGGAAGCGGAGGGGGAGAGUUGUUGGGAUAAACUGGGUCUUCCUCGCUAUGGACUGGUCAGGUGCCUUCUUUUCUCUCAUGGCACUAGGUGGCGUUCUUUACAUCAUAUGGAAAAUCCGAAAAGCCGCAGCUGCCGAAGGGAAAACAUUUGAUGAUGUUGCUGCGGAACGUGAGGCGAACGGCAUCCCGUUCAAGUUUGCCGAAAGAAAGGGCCGGAGCCGAGGCGAGUGUUCCGAGGCCGAGGAAGCGGACGGCACUAGCGAAGUAUCUGCCAGCUGUGGCAUAAUAGCUCCUUGCAUGGAGCGUGGCCCUAUACCACCUCCAAAUGGCCCGGAGUAG